GGGACCUUCUGGAAGGUUUUAGGGGACACAUCUGUGGAGCUGGAGUCUCACUGCAGACAUGCAGCUGCUCCUGGUCCUGGAAGGAGUCCUAGCCACACUUGUCCUCACCCAGCCCUCUGAGGGCACUGUCCCAGCCUCCGCUAGGGCGGUGGAGACCUCGGUCCUUCAGGACUGCAUAGCGGAGGCCAAGCUGCGGGUGGAUGCUGCUUACAACCAGACCCAGAAGAGCAUCAAGCAGCGCCUUCGCAGUGGCUCAGCCCGUCCUGUGGAUCUCCUGUCCUUCUUCAAGCAACCCGUUGCAGCCACCAGAACUGUCGUUCAAGCUGCUGAUUACAUGCAUGUGGCCUUAGGACUACUGGAAGACAAGCUGCAACCCCAGGGACCCAGACCCUUCAAUGUCACCGAUGUACUAACGGAGCCCCAGCUGCACCUGCUGUCCCAGGCCAGUGGCUGUGCUCUCCGGGGCCAGGCUGAGAGGUGCAGCAACAAGUACCGCACCAUCACGGGGAGAUGCAACAACAAGAGGAGACCCUGGCUGGGGGCCUCCAACCAGGCCCUGGCUCGCUGGCUGCCAGCAGAGUACGAGGAUGGGCGGUCGCUCCCCUUUGGUUGGACCCCUGGCAAAAAGCGCAAUGGCUUCCUCCUCCCUCUUGUCCGGGCUGUCUCCAACCAGAUUGUGCGCUUCCCCAGGAAGAGGCUGACCUCUGACCGUGGCCGGGCCCUCAUGUUCAUGCAGUGGGGCCAGUUCAUCGACCACGACCUGGACUUUUCCCCAGAAUCCCCAGCCAGAGUGGCCUUCACUGCAACUGUGGACUGUGAGAAGACCUGUGCCCAGCUGCCCCCCUGCUUCCCUAUCAAGAUACCACCUAAUGACCCCCGCAUCAAGAACCAGUGUGACUGCAUCCCCUUCUUCCGCUCGGCACCGUCAUGCCCCCAAAACAGGAUCACGGUCCGCAACCAGAUCAACGCACUCACCUCCUUCUUGGACGCCAGCAUGGUGUACGGCAGCGAGGUCUCUCUUUCCCUGAGGCUCCGCAACCGGACCAACUACCUGGGGCUGCUGGCUGUCAACCAGCGCUUCCGGGACAAUGGCCGGGCCCUGCUGCCCUUUGACAACCUGCAUGAUGACCCCUGUCUCCUCACGAACCGUUCUGCACGCAUCCCCUGCUUCCUAGCAGGUGACUCCCGGUCAAGUGAAACCCCCAAACUGGCGGCCCUGCACACCCUCUUUAUGCGAGAGCACAACCGGCUGGCCACUGAGCUGAGACGCCUGAACCCACACUGGAGCGGAGACAAGCUGUACAACGAAGCCCGGAAGAUCCUGGGGGCCAUGGUCCAGAUCAUCACCUACCGAGACUUUCUGCCCCUGGUUCUGGGCAAGGCCCGGGCCAGAAGAACCCUGGGACCCUACCGGGGGUAUUGCUCCAAUGUGGACCCGCGUGUGGCCAACGUCUUUACCCUGGCCUUCCGCUUCGGCCACACCAUGCUGCAGCCCUUCAUGUUCCGCUUGGACAGCCGGUACCGGGCCUCAGCACCCAACUCCCAUGUCCCGCUCAGCUCUGCCUUCUUUGCCAGCUGGCGAAUCGUGUUCGAAGGUGGCAUCGACCCCAUCCUGCGAGGCCUCAUGGCCACCCCUGCCAAGCUGAACCGUCAAGAUUCCAUGUUGGUGGAUGAGCUCCGGGACCGUCUGUUUCAGCAAGUGAGAAGGAUCGGGCUGGACCUGGCAGCCCUCAACAUGCAACGCAGCCGGGACCACGGCCUUCCAGGGUAUAAUGCAUGGAGGCGCUUCUGUGGGCUUUCCCAGCCCCGGAACUUGGCACAGCUUAGCCAAGUGAUGAAAAACCGUGGUUUGGCAAGGAAGUUCCUGAAAUUAUACGGCACACCUGACAACAUUGACAUCUGGGUUGGGGCCAUUGCAGAGCCUCUGUUACCGGGGGCCCGUGUAGGGCCUCUGCUGGCUUGUCUCUUUGAGAACCAGUUCAGAAGAGCCCGAGAUGGAGACAGGUUCUGGUGGCAGAAAUGGGGUGUUUUCACCAAGAGACAGCGCAAGGCCCUGGCACGGAUUUCCUUGUCUCGAAUCGUGUGUGACAAUACUGGUAUCACCACUGUUUCGAGGGACAUCUUCAAGGCAAAUAUCUACCCCCGGGGCUUUGUGAGCUGCAGCUGUAUCCCCAAGUUGAACCUAUCAGCCUGGAGAAGCAAAUGAAGCUUCUGCAGGUAAGAGAGGUCUGGGCGGGGUCAGGCCCUCACAUCCCUCCCAGGAUGGACAGCUUCUCUUAGGCUUCUAAGUAGAGACAAGAAAACUUGACACUGGGGGCAGGGGCUCUUUCCUAGUGGCUUCCCAGUGUGCUAAAUUCUGAGCCGACAGUCAAUCCCAAAGCCUAGGACUGUGGGGGACAAUUAGAAAGUGUCCGGCUACCCUUACAACUUGGUCACUAGUGCCCAACGGUUCCAUUUCCGGAUAUCCAGCAAGUCCCUCGCUUAUCCACUUCUGCUAUUUCCACAGGAGUCUGUGCCAAGCCCCGAAACGAGGGGAAGGGGAAGACCAUGAGGCUGCCUUCACUUCAGGAGCAACUAUUUCCUGCUGGCACUUUUGCUGACUGCAACUCACUGCUGGCUUCAUCGGCUGAGAGCAAAAGCUAGGGCUCCUAGCAGCAACGGACCCACCCCCCUUGCGAGCCUCCUAAGAUUAGGUUAUGAAUUAGCACCAGAGGCAAAGACUAGUGAGCCAAGCCAGGAGACCUUGAGGUUCCAGCAAGAGUCAACCAAAGGGCUGCCAGCACUUUCUUCUAUUUCCCUACCAUUACCACCACCACUAGAAGGCCACAUAGUCCAGUCUCGCCACCCACAACCCUGAGCCUGUAGGCUGGGAGCAAGCUCUUUCUACCAAUAAAGCACUGCUGAGGGCA